AUGUGUGUAAAAAGAUACAAAAAUUUCCAAUAUGGAGGCAAUAAGGAAAUCAAAUUUGCAGAGUUUCAAGGGACUUCAAUGAACAAAAAUCAGACAUCGAAAGAAAUAGAUCGAUGGAAAAACAAAAUUCGGGAGAGAACAGAACAGUUUAUGAAACAAUACCCAAAGGUGGUGGAAAUGGAAAGUGAUGAUGAUGAUGAUGACGAGAUUGAAGAAGGGUGCGGUUACAAGAUAGCCUACGAAAAUGUGAAAAUUCCCGAUGAAGAAACGCUGAUCAUGCCAUAUGUCAAUGAGAAUGUGGACCAUGAUAAAAUUGCGGAAAUUCUACAGCAGACCUAUCCAUCAAUCGUCGGGUAUCAUAAAAACGAAUAUGACAUUUCGGAUCGCUGCUUCUUCCACGUUAUGAAGAAAUGUCUGCAAGAGGUAAACAAGUACAAGUUGGAUCCAAAAUUUUUUUAUCACUCUCUUUAUUUGAUUUUUCCAAUCAGAGGGUCAGCAAACAAAAUGUCUCAAAUAUUUCCCACCUUGGCCGAAAAAUUCGAUGCAAGACUGGACGCCCUCACACUGGAACCAUGGAAGAACGAUGAAACAGAUACCAAAUCUUUCUCUUCGCAUGGGAACCAUUUUUCCUAUUGUGUGCCUUUGCCAUACAAAGUGGACGAUAGCAAUUGCAAGUCUACGGAAUGCUUCAAAAGAGAAGACCGAACAACUCCGAUAGAUCGCAAGGAUAGUGAUCGACUUCAAAUAUUUGUGAAAAAAUCAGUGAAUAUCAAAGGACGAGAACAUUUUCUUCCCUUCAUGAAUCAUCUGUUCUCAACAAAAGAUCCCGAUUUUUGUCGGGCUGCGAAGAAGUUCGAAACUUUGGGAACUUGUAAAGAGCUCCAUGAAUUUGUGCUUGGAUUAGAAAUGCGUAUAACAGAACCAAUGGAGGCGUUCCCAAGAAAAUUGUCUCCUAAUGAGCGUUAUCGGUUCCACGAACGACGAGAAGAUGUUGAAAAGGAAAUAGCGGAGAAAUCAGAACAAGAGCUCGAGAGUUCACCCGCCAAUCCAUGUACCCACUUUGGUCCUUGUGGACCGGGAAACGAAGAUUGCUCGUGCAAAAACUUCUGCAGUCCAUUUUGUCAAUGUGAUAUCAACUGCAAGCUACGAUUCCAGGGUUGCAAAUGCAAACCAGGGGAGUGUGGAACUAACCGAUGUCACUGUGCCAACCAAUGGUUGGAAUGCAUUCCCGGUCGAUGCACCAACUGUUGUUCUGAGGAAACGAAAGAUAGCAACGCUCAAAAACUUGUUUGUAAAAAUUCGAUUCUGAGCAGAAAGGCGGUUCCUUGUUUGCUAAAAAGCGGAAAAUCGAAGAUCGCUGGAACCGGGGCAUUCCUGACCGUUGAUGUUGAGAAGGGUGAUUGUGUGGGCGAAUAUAUAGGCCACCAUAUCUCGAUGGAAGAGACGGAACGGAGAGACGAACUGUAUAAAUUUGCAGCCAACAACUACUUAUUCCAAUUACCAAACGGACAAGGAAAUUUGGAUGGUGCUUUGAUAGGAAACGCAACAAGAUUCGUUAAUCACUCUUCCGAAAAUCCGAAUCUAAGCACCACUUACCGCAACAUGUUAAACGGAAAUUCUCACAUCUUAUUUAUUGCUGAGAUGGAUAUGAAAGCAGGAACAGAAGUGACUAUUGAUUAUGGUUACCCAAAGGAGUGUGAGAAAGUGAUGUUCACUUAUAAUCAUGAGAAAAAAGCUCAAAAAUAUAUUGAUGAAUAUGAUGAAGAAUGCCAAGAAAUAGAAAAAGAACAACGAAAGAAAAAUCGAAAAAGUUACUGGGCAUCAUAUAUGGCCAUCCAACCAAUGGAAAUCGUAAGCAGGGAGAUUGCAAAGUUCGAACCUGAAAUCCUUACUUCAAAUGCUGCUUACUAUGGAAUCAUCAAUCUGUCAGAUCCUUCUCAAGUCGUUUUCAAUGUUUUAUCCGUCACCUCUGCCCCAGUUGACAUUGUUGUCACACUUCUUUGCCGUUGGAGAACUAUAGCAUACACUCGCAAACAUCAUCAAUCGGAAGCUCUUGAAAAACUUCACAAAUCUCGGGAGUUGGUUUUCUCUUGCCAGACUAUCGGACCUCUUAUGUGA